AUGGGUCCAUUUUGGGUAAAUUAUCCUGAAGUGCUGAAAGUGACUGCGAUUGGAUCGGCGCUAGCGGUUGCACUCUGUGUACUUGGAACAAUCUACACAAAUGUGCAACUGGGGUCGACGGAUCCGAAUGCUCCCAGUGUGGCCAAUGUCAGCUUGGAGUUGUUGUUGCAGCUUGUCUGGUGUCCACCCGAUGACACAUUCGAUGCUUUUCAAACAUACAUCCCCGAUCUCUUACCGGUCACCAUCUAUUGUCAAGCCCUCAUUUCGGCAAGUCGUUUCUUUGCCGUCUCUUUCAAUGGCACUUUCUUCAUGUACACAACGAAAUGGCCAUUCGGACAAUUGAUCUUUGGCUAUGUACUAGGAGGGAUCGGGUCACUUUGCUCGAUUUGUGCCGAUCAUUUGUUCUACGAACACCCAAAUCUAGCGUUAACGAUAAGAGCAAUCAAGACAAUGUUUCCAAUGGCCAUCGUUUGCUUUAUGAUCACUUUGGAUGGGUUCACUUUUCGAAAAGUUUGCCUUUUCCAACGGCAGGAAGGGAAAAAAGCGGCACGAGUCGAUAGACGAUUAGCAAAACAGGUGAUCUGCAGCUCGAGCGUCUACUUUAUUUAUUACUUGCUCACGCCGUUGUUUUACAUUUCAUUUUGUCGGCUAUUCGGGAUGUAUUUACUGGAAGGUCUCAUGCAAAUCGUUUCCAUCAUCCAAUGGACAUUGCUUACAUUGGGCCUCAGCUGUGCCAAUGUGCUUCUCUUGAGGAAGGUCAAAGUCUCGAUGACUCAACAGAGCACAGUGGGCAAACGGUUGAUCGAAGAAGCACCACACAUACUGCAGUUUCGCCCA